AUGGUAGACAACACAUUAACUGAAAAGGUACUGUUGGCUACUGGAGGAUAUGAUCACACCAUUAAGUUAUGGCAUGCAAAUACGGGAGUUUGCAAUAGAAGCUUAACACAUUUAGAUUCUCAAGUAAAUGCAUUAGAAAUCACACCCGACAGACAACUUUUAGCUGCUGCUGGGUUUCAACAUAUUCGUAUGUAUGACUUAAAUUCAAGCAAUCCAAAUCCAAUUUUAAACUAUGAAGGGAUUUCAAAAAACAUUACUGGUGUUGGAUUCCACGAAGAUGGUAAAUGGAUGUUUACAUGUGGUGAAGAUUGUAGUGCUCGAGUGUGGGAUUUAAGGUCUAGAAAUUUGCAAUGUCAGCGUAUAUUUCAAACAACUGCACCUAUUACUAGUAUAUGCCUUCAUCCUAAUCAAGGCGAGUUAAUAUUAGGUGAUCAGUCUGGCUUGCUUCAUUUAUGGGAUUUGAAAACUGAUCACAAUGAACAACUUAUACCUGAAGUUGAUGCUUCUAUACAAUGUGUGGCUAUUGAUUCUAGUGCAAAUUAUGUUGCUUCUGUAAAUAAUAAAGGAAACUGUUACCUAUGGAGUUAUAACGGCAAUGGUACUAGACUAAGUCCAGAGCAUAAAAUGAAUGCCCACAGGAAGUACGGUCUUCAUUGUAAAUUCAGUCCUGAUUCAACAUUGUUGGUAACAACUUCGGCUGAUCAAUCAGCUUUUAUCUGGAAAACUAGUGAUUUUUCUUUGAAACAAGAACUAAAAGAUGAGAGACAGAGAUGGGUGUGGGAUACAGCAUUUAGUAAUGAUUCAGAACAUUUAUUAACAGCUUCAUCAGAUGGCAUGGCAAGAUUAUGGAACGUAGAAAGUGGCAAUAUAGAACGUGAAUAUGAAGGACAUCAAAAAUCACUUACAGCAUUAGCAUUUUGUGAUCCAUAUAGUUAG